AUGAGUGAAGAUAACAGUACUUCCGUAUUGAUCAAUCCAGUUUAUCAGAAUCCUCAUUAUGCUGCUUUAUUUAAAGAAACUUUGUUGGGUCAAAGUCAGUUUUCUGAUCCUUUUCCAUAUUUUUCAUUACCUAAUUUUCUCACUAAUCAACAAUUUGUCACUAAUUUACGGCAAGAAUUGGAACAAGUUCAAUAUAAUCGUAGAGAGAAUGACCUUUUUUCGUUGUAUCAAACAGAUGAUCUAAAAAACUUUGAUCGAGACAAAUUUCCAUUGUUAACACGCUUCAGAGAACUGUUCUGCACUGAUGUCUUGCAGUGGUUACGAAAUAUCUCGAGUGUGAAUUUAACUGAUGAUGUUGCUAUAACUAGCAGUAAAUAUUGUUAUACUGAUUUACUUUUGCCACAUGAUGAUCGAUGUGAAAAACGCAAAUUUGCCUUUAUAUUUUAUUUGACACCAAAUUGGAAAGAAACUGAUGGUGGGCAGUUGGUAUUGUUUAAUUCAAAUGAUAAAAGCAAUCCAACAUCAGUUGGUCGGAUCGUGACUCCAGCAGAAAAUAUGUUGACCAUUUUCGAAGUGUCACCACGUUCAUGGCAUAUGGUUACAGAGGUUCGAUGUCAACAAGAACGCCUUUCAUUACAUGGUUGGUUUCACCACGACGUGAAUGAUGAUGCCAGUCAUUUUAAUCUUGACCAUAUUGAAAAAUUGGUGAAACCGCAUUUGGAUAUUACGUAUAAUGAAGUGUUGGAAUGGAUUAAUGAAGAUUACAUAGCUCCUAAUCAGCAGCAGGAUAUUCGCUCUUUCUUUAAAAGUAAUUCAGAAAUCAGUUUGGCAGGUUUUAUCUCUGAGAAUAAGUUGGGAUCAUUGUUACACGAACUGGAUAAUGCGGACUUUAAAAUAGUUGGACCUGUGAAUAAAAAAAAAUUGGAAAUAUUACAAGAAACUGUUUUACCUAAGGAUAGCAGUCUGUCUUGUCUAUUGCGUCUAAUGCAGUCUCAAGCAAUGGCUUUACUGAUUUCACAGUGGACUGGUUUACCUCUGUAUCCCAUCGAAAAUGAAGUCACCACUGAGCAAGGUAUAAGAUGUAAUACAUUAGUAUAUCGUAUUUGCGAAGGUUAUUAUACAAUGGUUGAUGAUCAGGUAAUUGAUGAGAUGGAACAACUUGGUUAUGGCUUGAAUUUCAAGCUCAUUUUGUGUGCGAAUGAAUGGAAUGAAGAACAUGGUGGUUUCAUAAGUUACAUUGCAAAGGAGCUGGAAGAUGAGGUAACUCGAUUUGUUCCGGCCAACAAUCAUGCAGCUUUAGUACUUAUUGAACCAGGGAUUUAUCCAUUCAUAAAAUAUGUCAAUUGUAAAGCUAAACAAAAAUGCUAUUAUAUGAUCGACUGUUAUUUUUAUGGCUUUCGAUUACCCGACGAUUUUGUUACUAGCAGUGAAGAGAGUCUAGAAAGUGGAAUUGAGUAUGAAGAUGGAAGUGAAAAUGAAGGUGGAAAUAAUAGGCCUGGUCCGAAUAAUUAA